UGCUUCGGCAAAGUUCGUAUUUCGUUCGGAAACUCUCGCGGUUUUGGGGAAUUCCAAAUGAGGAGUGACGUCACUAGUGCUGUCAUUGUUAGACUGAUCCCACUGCCUGCAUACACAAACGCCAUGCUGUAGAUGCCUGCGCAAGACAGGAGACCAGUUUUGUUUUCAUUCAUCUGACAGCUGAUUCUACUUUCUGGUUGCGUUCACGCCGUUCCUACCAUGUAAAACCAAUUAUUUUACAUGUUCUAAAGCAAAAAUGGUUUACUGCGUCGCACCAAACUGCAGCAGUGAUUCAACGAAGGUGUUGAAAGUAGAUGGGGUCGGUUAUUACAAUUUUCCUCGCGACAAGAAGGCCCGAAAAGUAUGGGUAAGACGCAUGCAUCGUCCGUCUUCUUGGGUCCCGUCUCUCGGUGCGAGGGUAUGUUCGAAGCACUUCGUUGCCGGAGAUUACCUGCUGGACCCAGCCAUAUGCCGUGCGAUAGGAUUUGACCCUAAAAAACGCCUGUUGAAGCCAGGUGCCUUCCCUACACUCUUCAGUCAUGGUGAAGGCGAUGCCAUGGAUGGUACGCCUACGACCAGUGCGCCGCGGUCAGCUGUGCAGAAGAGGGCACAUCAGCAGGCUGUAGCAGAGGCGGUAGCGGGAUACAACGUGUUGUAUGGAGAGGAGGCGGAGGAGGCAGCUGAGCAGGAUGAUGGUUUUUUGAUGGCUGAUGAAGGCCGAUUUGAGGAGGUUGGCAAUCACCUGAUAGAGGAUGCAGUACUGCCACAGAGUUUAGACGAUUUGGAGGUUUUGCCACAAGAACACCCUGAAACCUUUGCCAUUGGGACACAAGUUGGCUCCUCAGUCUCCAUGCGGUUUGCCAAGGCUGUCCAGGUCAAUAUUGUCACUGGGUCUCGGAACAAAGGUUCACAGACAACCUCCUGCACCGGGGAUAUUGGCUGUCAGGCAGAACCAGAAGUCCGAGAAAUUGCCAUUCAGACAGAUCUGUUUGACAUUGAUGUGCCAGUUUUCCAAGGCUUGAAACCAAGUGAUGAAGACAUGGAGGAUGAAGAGGUGCACUUUCCAAGUCAGGAAACGAUGAAGACUGAUGACAGUGACGAUGAAGACUGGGAGCCAUGUGAAGAUGAUUAUUGUCAAGAAUUUGAUGACUCGCUCCUUGAUGAUGAAAAUGUAUCCGGCAAACAUUAUGAUUUCGACAAUGAGUAUGAACAGCCCUCCCCUCAAUAUGAGAGAAAAUUCAUUGUCUUUGAAUCAAGCUUGAGGCUUCUGUUCAUGUUUUGUCAAGUUUGCAGGGCACCAUGUCGAGUCGCACUCCGUACACUUGGCACAGCUGUGAUGGUGAUGGCGAUUUGUGAAAAUCAACAUCAACAGGAAUGGACAUCACAACCAUUUAAAGGACAGCUUCCCAUUGGAAAUUUGCUUUUGGCUGCAGGAAUUCUAUAUUCUGGUUCAAGUCCAGUAAGAGGACUCAAUAUCCUGAAAAACAUUGGUGUGGCAGUGAUAAGCCGAAGGACAUUCUACACUAUACAAGGCCUCUACCUCAUACCAUCAGUGUUCGCAGUCUGGCAAAGGAAGCAAGACGGUAUGUUUAAGGAGCGAAAGAGGAAACAACUGUCCUUGUCUGGAGAUGCGAGGUGUUGCUCACCAGGCCACACAGCCAAAUAUGGGAGCUACAGUUUGAUGGAUGAGUCAGCCGGUAAGGUGCUGGAUGUAAGCCUUGUACAGUCAAAUGAAGUGAAAAAUUCUUACUGGAUGGAACUCGAGGGUUUGAAACGUAGCAUGGCACUACUUGUUACUGAGAAGAAAUUGGCAAUUGCAGAGAUAGUCACAGAUCGGCAUUCACAAAUCAAAAAGUAUCUGAGAGACAAAUGGCCUGGAGUACAACACUGGUUUGAUUGCUGGCAUAUCGCGAAAGGUGUAAAAAAGAAAAUGGACAAUAUUGCCAAGAAGUACAAACUUUGCAGGAUACUCGCAAAAUGGUCCCAAUCAGUGUCCAACCAUAUCUUCUGGUGUGCUGCCUCAAGUAAUGGGAAUGGUGACUUGGUUGAAGCAAAGUGGCUCUCCAUUCUAAACCAUGUUGCCGACGUACACGAUGGGCAUGGGGAUUUGUACCCAAAAUGUCUUCAUGGUCCUCUAGAAGACAGAGAAUGGAUCAAGAAAGGUAGCAAGGCCCACAAGGAACUUACGCUGAUUCUCACUCAAAAGAUAUUGCUCAAGGACAUCAGAAAGGUUUCACCAGGAGUACAGACUUCAUCUCUUGAGUCGUAUCACAAAAUUGUUGGUUAUUUCGCUCCCAAAUCCCGCCAUUUCUUCUAUGAGCCAAUGAAAGCAAGGUUACUGCUCGCCACACUCCACUUUAAUGAAAAUUCAAAUCGGAAACAGCGUAUGGGACAAGAUGAACAGCCCCAGUGGUCGAUUUCAUACCCCAAGGGGAGAGGAGGAGCUGCAGUAGCAAAAGAGGUCAAAAUUGAAUCAACAUAUGACUAUGUACAGCUAAUUCUGGAGGACCUGCUGAAGCGGAGAGAUGACCUGCCAUCUUACAAAUUGGCAAGAGAUGCAAAGGACAAGUACAAAGUGACUCAUCCUAUUCCAGGUCCAGUGUGCUCAAAGUACGACAAGCAGGACAAGAUGAAAGUUGUAGAAGAAACAAAAACGAGGUUUAACAAACUGUAGAGUUCAUUCAUAGCACCAUCAGAGUUCACUAUCACAGAUCAAUUGAACGGUCACACCAAAUCAAUUGAACGUAGGAUACUUGAAUCCUGUGUACCCGUCAUUGUCCGGAGCAGGCCAAGCAGCACGUAUCUUGUCCCGAGCACAAACAGGGAGCGGCAAACGGUUCCUUCUCCCCAACCUCUUCCAAACCCAACGGACAAGGUUCCUAUAGGCCACGUAUCGAUAUAACCUGAAAUUGUUGGGAAGAAAACAAUGUUUGUACAUUUAAUUGACAGUUUUUUUAAAAUUUAUUGAAAACUUGUAAUAUUAUUACUAAAUACAUGUAGAUACAUUUUAUUAUAUCUAUUUUCUAUAUUUCUAGUCUUCAAAGGGAGAAAAAAAUCUCAUUUCUGAAUUGA